GCAGCAGGUAGUAGAACAUGGCAAUCGGCAUGACUCUGGCACUGCAGGCGAUGCCUCUAACCUUCCUGGUGCUGCUUCUGCUCCACAAUGCCCCAGGUGUGGGUGCCCAGACGUAUUCGGACUUCAAGCUGCAGCAGCCCCAGGGCCCGGUGGUGGUGACCAAAGGGGAGAUACUGACCCUGAACUGCACAGUGUCUGGAUCGGGUCCUGUUGGCCCUCUGAAGUGGCUGAAGGGCUGGGGCAGCAGCAAUCAAACCAUUUAUGAGCAGAAAGGCUCCUUCCCACGUGUGAUGAUUGCAAUCAAUGACUCCAGCACAGACUUCACCAUCCAUAUCAGGGAUGUCCGUCUUGAGGACGCCGGCACCUAUUACUGUGUGAAGUUUAGCAAAGGCAUCUUUGGUGAUGAGGUGUUUAAGAAGGGUGGGGGCACGGCGGUGUUGGUGCACGCCAGACCCUCCAGGCUGGCCGUGUCAGGACCGAGUCACCGAGCGGCGCCAGGGCAGUCGGUGUCCUUCACCUGCAGUGCCAGAGGGUUCUCCCCCCGUGACAUCCAGGUGCAAUGGCUCAAGAACAGCUCUCCAGUUCGGGCUGUGCUGUCCCACAUCACCUCAGAGCUGUCAAAUUCCUCCUACCGCAUGUCCAGCACCGUACAGGUGAUGCUGCAGAAGGACGACGUCCACUCCAAUCUCACCUGCCAGGUGCAGCACAGCACGUUGGCAGCCCCACUGAGGAGGACGUACGCGCUGGGCCAGGUCCUGCGAGUUCCCCCCAGCGUGUCUGUGGUCGCUGCACCGCCGGGCGCCGUGGAGGUGAACAAGACGGUGAACUUCACCUGCCGUGUGCGGGGCUUCUACCCGGGAGCUGUGAACGUCACCUGGCUG